AUGGCGUUCGAACUUCAGAAAGGCAUAGAACAAACUACAUACAGACGUGCAAAUGCCACCUUUUACACUUUAUGUAGAAAUAGUGACUUAUAUGAGUUAUUGGAAACUAUACAAAACUACAACAAUAGGUUUAACGAUAAAUUCAAAUAUGACUGGAUAUUUCUGAAUGACAAACCAUUUACGGAGGAGUUUAAAAGGGCCGUUCAGGCGAUUACUACAGGAAAUGCAUAUUUCGAUCAAAUACCAGAAGAAUAUUGGAGCUUACCAGAGAAUCUCAACGUUACCAAAAUGUAUGCAGGAAUGAAGCUGUUGCGAGAUGAUCCUGACGGUGCGGCACCAUAUGCUACAUCACUAAGUUAUCGGCAUAUGUGCAGAUUUGAAUCCGGCUUUUUUUACAAGCAGAAACUUCUUCAAAAGUAUAGAUUCUUCUGGCGUGUUGAACCUGGUGUUCGCUUAAAAUGUGAUAUAAAUCAUGAUCUCUUUAAGGAAAUGGAGGACAACAAUUAUGAUUACGGAUUUACAAUUGGCAUGGUUGAAUAUUCUAAAACCAUACCAUCCUUAUUCAAAUCUAUGAGGAGUGCACUUCAAUCUCUUGGUAAUGAUCAUCUUCUUACGGAUACGGAUAAGUAUUCAGAGUUUGUCUUUGACAGGAAUACUAAUGAUUACAACUACUGUCAUUUUUGGACAAAUUUCGAAAUUGGAAAUUUAGAUGUUUUUCGGUCUAAAGAAUACAAUGAGAUAUUUGAAGCGCUUGACAGAUACAAUGGCUUUUAUUAUGAGAGAUGGGGCGAUGCUCCAGUACGUUCAUUAAUUUUGUCUUUGCUUCUUAAAAAGGGAACGAUCAAACGGUUUUCGAACAUCGGAUAUACACAUCCACCGUAUACUCAGUGUCCGACGAAUGAAAAAGUUCAUCUUUCACACAGAUGCACUUGCGAUCCAUCUCUUGAUAUAACCAACGAAUGGUAUAGUUGUUCAUGGAUAUUCGACAAUAUUGAAAGUGGUGAGAAUCCAUUGGGCAUUAGCACCCACGCAUAA